AUCAACCUGGGUCUGUCGUUUCAACGCUCCAAAUGACCGGUCAGCGUAUCGAAGUGAUCCCUAAAGACCCAAACCCAUUAUUCACCAAAUGGCUAAAAGAAUGGCAAUCCGAAGCCGCAAAGAAGGGCCUCAAGUCGCAGUACGCGUUGCGCGAAGCACUCGAGUCGUUAAAAAAGUAUCCACUUCCGUUAGAGUCAGGCCGCGAUUGUGCGAUUUUGAAAGGUUUCGGACCGAAACUGUGCAUGCUCCUCAAUCAAAAAUUGGAAGAAUAUAAGGAAGGGCAUCUCGAGGAAUACAACAAGAGCGUGAAUUUCGGUGAACAGAUCAAAGAAGUUGCGAAAAAGGUUAAAGAGAAGCAGAGAAAAGAUGCACGCCCAGCCAAACCCAAGACCCAAGGAAAGAAGAACAUCGCGGAAGACUGCAGCGCAGACGAGCAAGUCUUGAUGAGUCCUGGUUCGUUUGAUGUUGUGUUACUGGUGGACACUCAGGAGACCCUUGGGAAGAACAAAAAGACCCUUGACGAAACACUCUUAUAUCUGGAUUCCCAUAAAAUCAAAUAUGAAGUAAGACGACUUGGUGCUGGUGACUUCUGCUGGAUUUGCGUCGAUAGUGCUAAGCAUGAACUUCUUCUACCUUAUAUAAUCGAACGAAAGCGUAUGGAUGAUUUCGCCAGCAGUAUUCGUGAUGGCCGCUUCCACGAACAAAAAUUUCGUUUGCGUGAAAGUAAAAUACAAAAUUUAAUUUAUUUAAUUGAAAGCUAUGGGAGCAAUCAGCACGUGGGAUUGCCCAUGACAACUUUAUUACAAGCAGCAACGAACACCCAGAUUCAUAGCGGAUUUCAAAUUAAAUUCACGGACAGUCAUCGUGAUUCAUUGUUGUAUAUUGCAACCCUAACGAAAAUUUUAAUUGAUCAAUUCCAGAAUAAAGUGCUGCUAGGAAUUCCAAAGGAGGACAUUAAGCCAAUUAACAUCACAGACAGUAACUUCGUUGGACUUAUGAAAUUUAAAGAAUUCAACGAACAAUCGUCGAAAGCACGAAGCUUCACCGUAAGAGAAAUUUUCAUCAAGCAGUUGCUGCAAUUGAAGUCGUUGUCGGUUGAUAAGGCAUUGGCAAUAACUGCCAUGUAUCCUACACCUAGUUCAUUAUUAGCUGCCUACAGAGCCUGUAACAGUACUGACGAAGCAGAGAAAUUGUUAAGCAACAUUCGUGGAGGCGUUUUGAAGCGUCCAAUUGGGCCAGUGAUUAGUAAAAUUAUUUAUCAAUUCUAUAAUAACUUAAGCGAUUAGGAAAAUGUAUAAACGUUCUAUUGAGUGUGACACAAUAAAUUAUUUAUCAUAUUA